AUUUUAAUUAUGCCUAAGGGAAAUACACAAUAGAGAAAUAAGGCAUUUAAAGGAGAAUCAAAGAGAAGAGCAAAAUAGAAGAGUGAAGGGAAAUUAAAGAAGAAAAUAAAGAAAUAAGAGAUCAAAAAAGUAGUAGCAAAGGAUGGUUAAUAAGAAAUAUAGAUUGAGAAAAAAGAUAAGAAUUUAGAAUAGAAAGUGAAAGUUAUGAAAGGAGUUAACACCAAGAUCAUAGCCAUAUUUCCAAUGAAUUAAUAAGCUAAUAUAGCAGGAUUAAAGUAUUAGAUGUCAUAAUAAAAAGAUUUCGAUUGAUGUAGCAUCUUAAUAUAUAAUCAAUACCAAUUACAUCUUAUAGCACAUAAGAAUGCUUUUUAAAUGUAGAGGCUAAUGGAAAAUUAAUUAAAUAACCAUUAAGAUUUAUAUUUUUAGAUAGAAAUCCUGAGUAGAUCCUAGAUGCAUGUAAAAUAGCAGACAUAAUAUGUCCUGUGUUAUCUUGUAGAGAUUGUAAUACAAAUACUAUAAGUUUGGAUCCUCAUAAUAAUGCUAAUGCAUUUGAUGAAUAGGGUUAUAAGUUACUUAGUAGUUUAAGAGCAUAGGGAUUGAUCUAAUAAGUAUGUUACAUCUAGGAUUUGGAAGAAAUCAAUUUAAAUAAAAGGAAUAUAGUUAAGAAAUUAUUCACCAGAUAUUUUGAAAGUGAAUUCCCAGGAGCUCAUAUAGUUGAUGAUUGUUCAACUUUUAUGAGAAGUGUUGUUGUUUUACAUGAAUAACCUGUUGAAUGGCGAGAUGUACGUGGUUAUAUGUUACCUGAUGACUUAUGUUAUAUUAAUGGGGAAUUGAGUAUAACAGGUACAUGGAGAGGUUAAAAUGGAUUAAGUGCUGAUUAAUUAGUACAUAUAACAGGAGUUGAUGAUUUUUCAAUAGCUCGGAUUGAACUAUUAGGGAUGAUUGAAUAAGUUUAUGAAUCAACAUGUCCAGAAUCAUUAGAUCCUAUUUGCAGAGAUAAACAACAUGAUAUUGGAGAUUGUGAUGAUUUGUUAAAAGAUAUUGCUGGAAUGUAAUUACAUGAAGAGGAGGAACAAAUGAUUGAAUAAGAGAGUGAUGUUAGUUAUGAAGAUCUUGAUAAAGAGUUUGAGGAUGAAGCAUAAAAGAAGAGAGAGCAAUACGAGAUUUUGCAUAGAGAUCCAGAAGAUUUAGAUUAUGAGGAUGAAGUUGAAUAUGGAGUAGAAGUGAAAUUGAGAGAACGAUACGAUAAAUAUCAAGGACUGAAAAACAUUAGGACAAGUGAAUUUGAUCCUUUGACAUUCUUACCAGAUGAAGCCGAGAAAAUCUAUAAUUUCAGAUUUCCGAAAAAGAUUAAGUAGGAUGUUUUGGAAGAGAUGAAAGUAAAGGAAUAAAUAUAACCCGGACAAAGAGUAAAGAUUACAUUAAGAAAUGUACCAGAAUUGAUAGUGCAAAGACUUACAUAACCAAAUAAGAUAUAUGUGAUUUCUGGAUUGUUGAAACAUGAAAGAAAGAUGACACAAAUGCAUGUUAGAUUUCAUAGACAUUAGAUGCAUAACAGUGUUCUGAAAUCAAAGCAUUAAGUGUUUGUAUAAAUAGGAUUUAGAAGAGCUCAUAUAAAUCCAAUAUAUUCUCGUAUUCUUAAUGUAUUAAUAUUUAUUAAUAUGAAUAGAAUUGCAGUAAAACUAAAUAUGUAAAAGAAAUAAAGGAUGAUUAAUUUUAUUUAGGUUCCUUUUACUUCUACAAUUCAUUUCCUUAAUAACCUGUAAUAUUUUGGCAAAAUGAUUUUGAUUUUAGAAGUAGUGAAAUAAUGGGAGUUGGAGAUAUCUAAAGAUGUGAUACCUUUUAAGUAAUUUUGAAGAGAAUUGUACUUACUGGAUAUCCUGUUAAAAUUAAUAAGAGAAAAGCAGUCAUAAGAAUGAUGUUCUUCAAUCCAGAUGAUAUCAAAUUCUUUAAACCAAUAGAACUCUCUACUAAAUUGGGAUUAAGAGUAAUUUUAUUAAUUUAUUAUUUAAAGGGUAACAUCUUAGAACCCUUAGGUACACAUGGUCUAAUGAAAUGUAUGUUUAAUAACUUCGUUAAACCCAAUGAUGUCGUCAGUCUCUAAUUAUAUAAGAGAGUACAUCCUAAAUUUGUGAAUAUUUAAAUAUGAAAUAUUUA